AUGUUACUGAAAUUAUUGCUUUUAGCCCUGAGCGCUGCUACAGCCCGGGCAAUCGAACCCUUCACAUGGAACAACGACACUUUCCUUCUCCAUGGAAAACCAUACCAGAUAAUCGGUGGCCAAAUGGAUCCACAGCGUAUACCCCACGAACUAUGGGGUGAUCGACUCGCUAAGGCUCGAAGCAUGGGACUCAACACUAUUUUCUCUUAUGUAUAUUGGGAUCAACUUGUUCCGAAACAAGGUGAAUGGGACACAAGUGGUAACAAUGAUAUCGCGCGAUACUUCAAGACAGCACAAGAAGUAGGACUAAACAUUGUUCUGCGCUCUGGACCAUAUAUCUGCGGCGAGCAUGAAUGGGGUGGAUUCCCAGCCUGGCUUAGCGAGGUUCCUGAUAUGGAAGUUCGAACAAACAACAAGGCCUAUCUUUCCGCGGCAAAGUCCUAUAUUGAUAAUCUUGGCAAGGAGCUGAAGGAUCUGAUGGUUACAAACGGGGGACCUAUUUUGAUGUCUCAAGUUGAGAAUGAAUAUGGUUCUUAUGGUGCUAAUCAUGAGUAUAUUGCUUCUUUGCGGGACAUGAUGCGGGAAGCUUAUGGUGUUCCUCUCUAUACCAAUGAUGGAGGGGAGCAGUCUAUGCUUGAGGGUGGUCAGAUUGCUGGGGCACUCGCUGAAACGGACGGGAGUCCGCAGACUGGCUUUGCAGCGCGAAACAAGUACGUUACAGAUGCUAGUAGCUUGGGACCACAGCUUGAUGGCGAGUACUACAUUACGUGGUUGGAUCAGUGGGCGAGUAACAAUACGUACCAGACUGAUGUGGGUAAUGCGGCGGCGAUUAAGACAGCUACUUCUGAUUUGGGAUGGAUAUUGAAACAGAAUGCCUCAUUCAGUAUCUAUAUGUUUCAUGGGGGAACUAAUUGGGGAUUUCAGAAUGGAGCUGAUUGGGGAAAUGCCCUGGAACCCAUCACGACGAGCUAUGACUAUGGUGCACCGCUUGAUGAAAGCGGGCGAACGAAUGAGAUCUAUCAUGCUAUUCGCCAGACUAUCAGUUCUCAUGUUGGGAAGAAGAAUGUUCCUGAUCUUGUGUCUGAAGAGCCAUUGAUUGAAAUCCCAGCUAUCACGCUGAAGCCGUCUGUUAGUCUGUUUGAUGCACUCCCAGAACCAAUUCAGAAGACAGCACCCGUCAAUAUGGAGGCCGUGGGACAGUCGUACGGAUUCAUUCUUUACAGGCAUGUUACCACUGCUUCUAUGAAUGGAACUUUGAAAACUGGAGAUGCGCCACGCGACCGGGUUCUUGUCUACGUUAACGGAGAACGAGUUGGCGUUAUUGAUAACACCUACGAAGUCCCUAAUGCUGUGCAGCUAUCGCUGAAGAAGCACGAUGUGGUCGACCUCUUGAUCGAGAACAUGGGGCGUGUGAAUUAUGGAUCUCAAAUUGUGGAUCAACGAAAGGGAAUAGUAGGCAACGUUACUAUUUCUGGUACCGUCGUCUCAAAUUGGGAAGUCUAUCCUCUUCCAUUGGUCUCCCCUCCCAGUGCUAGCGAGAACGCACCAAACCCAUCGGCAAACUCGAGCCCAAUAUUCUACAGUGGAUCUUUCGAUGUUAAGGAAGUGGGUGAUACUUAUCUUGAACUAUCGGGGUGGACUAAGGGUGUUGUUUGGGUGAAUGGUGUGAAUUUGGGUCGAUACUGGACUGUCGGUCCACAGCAAAGCUUAUACCUUCCUGGUGUGUAUCUGCGUGAGAGUGGUAACAACAUCACUGUUUUAGCACUCGAGCCUACUGGAAAUGAGGGAUCUGUUCAAGGUGUCACAACGCGUAAAUGGGGCAACAACCCUGAUCCUGAUCUGAAGUCUUGA